AAUGCGUUAUAACCCUAUAUAUUGAAAAAACUUUUGAUUUUUGUCACAUCCCGAGUGUUUUAAAUAUUUUUAACGUGUCUUCCUCAAUUCCGUGAAAGAAUUAUAAGCGAGGUUAUGUAGAAUUAUGAGUGUAUCUCUGGCUGCCAACAAUUAUUACAAUGAGUGAUCCAAAUAGACGAAAAAAAAUACUCCAACUUGAACGGGUCCAACGUCAUCGGAAUAAACAAAGAACAGAAAAAGUUAAUGCUGACUCUAGAAAUAAUAUUGAUGAUGAAUGGCUUGGGAAAAGUUUAUUUGAAAAUACGUGUUCGCGAGGUGAAUUGAACAAUGCUAGGACAAGAUGUCCUCCAGUUAAUGAUGGUGGUGAAACUCUUAACAUUCAGAAUCAUUCUUUGAUUCCUGGUGAUUCAGAUUCACACUCAGAGUUUUGUGAUGGCGAGCUUGAUGAGCAUGGUUUUUCUAAUGGAAAUUUCAUUGAAUUACCUUCUGAAUCAAAUAACGGUAUCGAAAAUCCGGAAUUAUUUUCUUCGGAUGGAGAAUCUGAAAAUUCGGUAUGGGGCGAUGAGGAUGAUGAGGAUGAAUUACGUCCAGCAAGUGUGACUGAGGAUGAUAUUGACACACUCGAUGAAUUUUCUAGUGAAAAUCCAGAAACCGAACAGCUGCGUGAAUGGGCCCGUAGACAUCAUAAAGUGACACACACACAGCUGACUGAGUUGCUCCUAAUAUUUCGCCAAAGAUUGCUGCCUGAAUUACCAAAAUGUGCCAAAACUUUUCUCGGCACUACCAGUGCACGAUAUGAUAUUCAAGUCGACCCGAAAGAUAACAGUGAGUUUGUAUAUUUCAAUUUAACGGAGCAGCUGAAACGACAGGCCAAUCCACAAUUGCAUAUUGAUAGGAUUAUCUACUUGGUCAUUAAUGUCGACGGCCUACAAUUAUACAAAUCAAGUUCCAAACAGUUUUGGCCUAUUCUGUGUUCAAUUUACUCUGAGGAAAAUUUUUACAAACCUUUUCCUGUAGCUAUUUACUCAGGAACCAGUAAACCCAAAAAUCUGGAUAAAUUCCUAGAAAAAUUUGUUGAUGAAUUAAAUGGGGUCCAACGUGAUGGAUUAUUCAUCAACAAUCAGAAAUAUAGAGUAUGUAUUAAAUGUUUCGUUUGUGAUCGACCCGCUCGAGCUUUUCUGAAAUGUAUCAAACAUCAUGGUGCUUAUUGGGCUUGCGAAAGAUGUAAUGUCCGCGGAAUACGAGUUGCGGGAAGGACGACAUAUCCUUUAGAUGUUUCAAGUGAGGAACGAACCGAUGAUUCCUUUCGUGAGCAAUCUAAUCCUGAACAUCACACCGGCCAAUCUCCUCUUCUGAAAAUUACGCCAAAAAUUAAUAUGGUUACGUCAUUUGUUUUAGAUUUCAUGCACUUGCUUUGUCUUGGUGUGAUGAAGAAACUUAUUGGAUAUUGGUUGCAUAAUAAGAGCACUCGUUUAAAUUUUAGUGCUCAGGCUUUACUCUCCGCUCUACUAUUACAGUUUCAAAACCAAAUUCCGUGUGAAUUUCAAAGGACAACUCGUUCAUUGACUGAAAUCGAACGUUUCAAAGCGACUGAAUUCAAAUUCAUACUUUUAUAUGCAGGACCAGUGAUUUUUAAAAAAGUUCUACCAGAGAUCAUGUACAAGCAUUUCCUUUUGCUCCAUGUAUCGUGUCGAAUAUUAUGCUCAAAAACAAAAGCCCUUGCAGAGUGCGCCAACGCUAAACGAUUAUUGGUAAAAUUCGUGUCAUUAAUGCCUCGAAUUUACGGACCCGCCAGUCUCAUUGGGAAUAUUCACAAUUUGGUUCAUCUCGCUGAUGACGUCUACCACAUGGCUGUUCCAUUGUCCACCAUUACAGCAUUUCCGUUUGAAAGCACACUUGGGAAAAUGAAGAGAUUACUACGCCAAGGUAAUCGCCCUCUUUCUCAAAUUUGUAGGCGUUUGCAUGAGACUUUUGUCAUUAACUCAACCCGCGUUAUACCGCCACAGCUAAUACAGAUCGAACGACAGCUUUUACCUGAUCGGACUGGGAAAGUUAUUGUGAAACGUGUAAAAUACCGUGAAGCAACGUUGACAGACAAGUUUCCAAAUAAUGCCGUUCUUCUGGAAAAUAACAAUUUACUGGAGAUUACUAAUAUGCACAUUCCACCGGGUAUGAAUGAAAUUUAUAUAUCUGGACAACUCUUGAAAAAAAAAAAAUCCCUUCUGUCUUUUCCCUGUAAUUCAGAAGCGCUGGAAAUGUGGGUGAUUACUCGGGCAGAAUCUACUGUAAAAUCUUAUCGUUUGAACCAAGUUUCGAAAAAAAUGAUAACCCUUAAGGUCAAUCACCAGGGCAAACACAAAAUAUAUAUAAUGCCACUUCUCCAUAUGUGAGAACAGAGAGAGUAAAGCCCUUUGUUUUAAUUGAUGAAUCGAAAAUCGCAGUCACUAUUUAUUUUUAUUAUCGUUUACUUAUUGGUUCUAAAUGGGGAAAAAUUGAUGAAUUCAGGUGUAAAAUUUAUCUAAAUUUGUUGGAUGUAUGGGGACAUUUCGUUGAACAUGAAUAAUUAUGAUGGAAAUAUCUAAUGUACGCUCGGAAUCUCGUAAAAUAGUAAUUUGAAAUUUUGAUAAUUGUACUGUUUUUGCCAUGCGCAUAAGCGACUGAAUACAUGUAUUCUUACGGUUGGCAACAUGACACUGUGUGAUACGUAUUUACGAAAUUUACGCUAAUCAAAGACACGAUUCUGGAUACAUUAAAGACUUUGUUCAUCGUAAAGUUAAAGAAGCUUUUUUAUUGUGAAGUUCGGAAUGUGUCGGAUCAAAAAUUACUCUGGAUUAAUUAGUAACAGUGACUCGACGCCUACAGGUGUGUGAGUGUGAGACUAAACGGAAGUCUGGCAGUAUGUUCCUGAAAAUGGUGGAUCCUAGGCCCUGCAUUUCUGCGAGGUGACUAAAGUGAUUGUGCACUGUGAUCUACCAUUGAGUGCCAUAAAAUUGCUCGAAUAUUAAAAGGUGGCAUUAUUCCAUUUCUAAAUAGGAUUUGAGCAACACAUUGCAGUAGAGGUGGUCAAAGCUCAUCAAAACUAAGAAUCAUCGUAUGCCGGUGCACGUGUACAGAUUGUUGCAUCAUUAAUAUAGUGAUUGCUACAGAUUACAUACUUGUGAUUCAUGAUCUAUCGAUUUAAUAAACUGAGUAAUUGUCGGCAACUUAAUCUUAUUAGUCGUCGACUAAUCUGAUCGCGAAGUGGGAAAGUGUGUGAAAAUUGAUCAACCUAACCUCUUUGGCUGUCGGUCAUUCUCAUUAUCAAAAUGACGGAAUAUUAUCCUUUCAAAAUUGUUCGUUUUCCUGAUGAUGAUUCAGAGAAAUACAGCGUGGAUAUUUUACCCAGUGAAUGGAUUUUCUCGUGUGUAGAAAGAAAAUGUAAAAUGUGCCACUUCCCCUGUGGUCCUUUCAGUGCCAGAGAUAUAUCUAAACUACAUGAAAUGGUCAAAAAGUGUCAACCAGCUGAUCAAUCAUGGCCUGUUCACAGAGUCAUUAUCAUUGGCCGAGCAAAGACCUAUUCAGAAGCCCAGAAAGCAGCAAAAAAGUGCGAAUACGAGCCAUAUGCAUUCUCAACCGAUCGUGAGUCAUCUGUGGAAAGAAAAAUCGAAGAGGAAAAUACUACUCUCGCUAUUGAAGAUGGAAAAAAAAAAGAUAUUGAUGAUGAGUUUGAUGAAGCUGUUUUUGAUUUGCUCAGUGCCCGUGAUCAUGUUGGUCGUCCCAAACGUCAGUCACAGAAAAACUUGCCUAAAGUGCAAUCAGAAACAAGACGAUACUCGCUGUCCUCAGAAGGAUCCACCACUGAAAACUUAACAGGACAAGAGACUGAUGAUGAUGAUGACUCUCGAUCAGAGGACUUGAAGGCAGCAGAAAAAAAUCGCAAGUACGUGGAAGUUGGACACUCUUUCAGAAAAUCAAGUGCAACAGAACAAGUCCCUAUACAAGUUAUGAGAAGUAAAAGUGCCUAUCUACUGAAGUCUCCGUCACCUCAAUUGAACAGCUCUGACAUUCCCAUUGGACAAAAGAGGAAAUCGACAAUACACAAAGAUGAACUCCUGUCCGCUCAACUUGCCAAGAAAUUGAGAACAUUUCCAGCAGUACCUGAGCCCAAAUCUCCUUUUGCUGCUCAACAAGGUGGGAAAACGACCUCUCUGCCACAAGACGUAGAGGUUGCCUUCUCUGCCAGCAGAAAUCAGGAUUCUUCGAUGAACAGGCGCCGCUCACGUUCGGCAGACCGCUCAAACAUUGAUAUUGGGAAAAAAACUGCGAGACGUUCACGGUCAUCACAGGAUGCUGGCAGGGAUGGGAGUAAGGAGGAUCCGGACAGAUCACUCACAGAAGAACAGCCUGGUAGUCUCACUGAAGCUGUGGAUUUACUGAAAUAUUUAAAACAAAUGCACAACAGUUUGUCAAGCCGUAUAGAUCGCUUGUAUGGUUGCCAGCUCGAGACGAAUGGCCACAUACAAGAGUUGGAACAUGUGAUUACACAUAAAUCCCAUCGACAAGAAAUAGAUGUUGAUGAAGAAAAUCUUGACGAUGAGAAUUUCGCAUUGCCAGUAAAAUCCAAGGCUGAGUUUUAUGUAUUUGAUGAAAAACUCAAGGAUAAGGGAUAUAUUAGAAAAGUGGCUCAACGAGUAAAACGAAUGGUUGACAAAUACGAAAUAAAAACGCAUAAUCUCUCAUCAAUCAUGCGCAUUUUUCUUAGCAAAAAUGUAAUUGUCAAUGAUUUCACCGCACUGAAAAAAACUGCUACCAAAGACGUAUUCCAGGAGACUACAUUGUACCAGCUUUUAAAAGUGAUUCAUCAAACCGUUCAAGGUACUAAACUUGAUGAUAAAGCAUUCAAUAAUGCUCUGAAAAGUGUUUUCAACUCGGCAAAGGAUUGGGAAGGUGGACGUCUGGCUCGUUUACAAAAAGAAUAAUAUUUCUACAAUUUAUUCAAAAUUAAAUGAAUAAUUCAAAUUUAUAGUUUCGUCUCUUGUGUGAUAAUCGGUUGAAGAAUGGCUUCAACACCACUAUAAUUUGUGAGUGAAUUCUUUUCCUAUCAUUUUGUUUUUUGUCGAAAAACUGUUUAAUAACUCCUUCGUUAUAAGAAUUCGUUACAUUCAUUUCAAACACAUCGAGAGCUACAUAUGCAUCAGAAAAUUAUUGUAAUUUUAAAAAAGCAGUGCAAUUUGUCAAGCUUUUUUUUGUUUAAUUAGAGUUAUUAGUUAGUGUUAGAGUUCAUAGAGUGAAGGUGUAUCUUAGAAAGGAAACAGCAUAGGAUUAAUUUAUAUUUCUUUUGACUUUCGCUAAGUCCGUGGGCUAUUUCUAAAAAAAAUACCACUAUUUUCAAGAAAGAUUUAAUGUAUCAUUUUGCUUGUGCAGAAUUGUCUUUUCCAAAAUGACAACUAUUAUUGCCAUUGAAUGAUCAAAAUUUUUUAGUUAUCGUUUUUGUUCUUUAACUCGAGAGUUACAUUAUUUGCUCUAAAAUAUUUCUAUCAAUUUAAAAAUACGUGUUUUUUUUAAGUUAAAGAGAUAAUUAUAAGCGAUUCCACUUCUUUUGGAACUUACCAAAGUGCUAGGGCGAAAUAAGAGAAAUGAGACGAUUUGGAGUUUGUCAUGUUUCGUUUUGUGUUAAUGAAUGUUGCUUGGCAGAGCAAUGUAAACAACAUUGCAAGUACUUAACUGCAAGAAAUAUGUGAUUCAUUUAUAUUUUUUCAAUUUCUGUACAAGGUAAUGAAAGAAAAAAUAUUGCAAUUUUGGGAGAUAGGAGAUAAUGGCCUAAUGUAUUAACAAUUCGUGUCAUAGACUAUAAGGAACAGAUGUAUAUGGACUUCACAAAAUAAUGGUAAUUCGCAAAAUUUGCCAUAUGCCAUCACUAUUAGUAACUCACCAUUAGUAUCACCAUUAGAAUUAAUGUUAAACACUACGCUUGUUAACUACAUCCAAUUAUUAAUGAAAUAAAAUAAUUUUCUGACCAAUGCCAUGAGUAAAA